AUGAGUCAAGCUCCAGCCAACACCAGCGGCCUUGAGGACCAGCUGCGUGGCAUGAUACUCAGCAACGCCACCAUUGCAGGUGGUCAGACUAACCACGACAGCCAUCCUGGCCAAUAUCGAGGGCGAGGCCGGGGCCGUGGAGGUUUUCAUCGCGGCUCUGGUCCGAAUCCUCGUGGUGGUUUCGCUCACCCCAACAACACCAGAGGCAAUCAAGCAUACGGGAUGAAUGCGGCUUCUCCUGUAACACGCGGUGGGAGGUCUGAUGUCAACAAUGGCACAGGUCCCCGCUACCAGCAAUCGCACAACCACGCCUAUGCUCAGCCCAGGAACAACGGACCACCGCCAAACAUUGCACAUGCCAACCAGCAACCAGCAAACAACAGUCAAGCUCAGCCGCCAAGAGCGCUGCAGCGGCCACAAGGUGGGUUCAAUCAGACAGGACAAGUGUCCAGGGGUGGUGGAUCUCAUCAAUACCCUCGUCCUCAAUAUGCGCAGAAUGGGUACCAGAGCCAGCCAAGAAUCGACUCGGCCGCCCAAGUACAGUUCAUGGAAGAAGUUGUCAAGCGUGAGCUUCCCAAGGUUGAGAUGACUGAGUCUGAAAUUUCGAAGCACAGCAUAUUCAGAGAACGCCUAGAGGUCACCAUGCGCCAGGCCUUUGCUGGAAGCGGUAUUGAAGACAUCGCCGAUAUUUCUCUAGUUGCCUUUGGCAGUCUCGGUUCAGGUUUUGCUCUGCCCGGCUCUGACAUGGAUCUUGCCGUAGUCCCGUUAUGGAAGAAUCCCGCUCAGGCUGACGAGACGGACAUCGGUCCGCGGAUUCCACGGAUUCUCGAAAAGGCGGUGCUAGAUGCAAAGAUGGGAGGACGUCUGCUCACGCGUACACGUGUGCCGAUAUUGAAAGUCUGUGAAAGCCCCACCCCUGUGCUCUUCACUGCUCUCUUGGAGGAGCGCAGGAAGUGGGAUGAGCUUUCUGAAGAAGAGAAGUAUCCACUAGCAAUAGACCCAACAGUGCCGCCAAAGACCGUUGACGAGAUGGAGAUGGAGAGAGCCUUGAAGUCUACAUAUCAGAAACAGGCUGCAAAGCCCACAAGUGAAGGCUCGGUGGCGGCUGGAACAGUUGCGCCUGCGUUGAAUGCGCCUGCGUCGACCGCUCCGGACGAAACGUUGCCGGUCACUCCGCAUGCGGUUUCAAACGAUGCUUCAAAUACCCCUUCAACCAACAAGGAACACCAGAACCGGACAGAGAAGCAGUGGCAUCGCGAGAAAGUUCUAGGUCCCCUCGACUUCCCGAAGAACGGCGUCGGCAUUCAGUGCGACAUCAACUUCGCGAACUCUCUUGGCAUUCACAACACACACAUGCUACGUUGUUACUCCCUCACCGAUGCUAGAGUUCGGCCUAUGGUAUUGUUUGUUAAGUCUUGGGCCAAGCGCCGCAAGAUCAAUAGCUCUUACUCAGGCACAUUGUCGUCCUACGGCUGGGUUUUGAUGGUUCUCCACUACCUUGUGAACGUUGCAUCACCUCCGGUUUGCCCCAACCUGCAACACUACUUGCCCCAAGCAACCGACAUCAACUCCCUGUCUGACCGAUUCAAGGAUGCGAAGAAGAUCAGUGGCUAUGACGUCCGCUUUUGGCGCAAUGAAGAGGAGAUUGUUCGAGCGGCACAAGAAGGCCGACUUACACAAAAUCGUCAGUCUUUGGCCUCGCUUUUGUGCAGCUUCUUCCGAUACUUUGCAUCCCAAGGCGGACACUACGGUCGCCAAGCCAAUUUUUACUGGACGUCUGAGGUGCUCUCGCUUCGCACACCCGGCGGAAUUCUCACCAAGCAGGACAAGGGCUGGGUUAGCGCUACCACCAUCGUCACUGCAGAGAAGAAGGUCACAAACCGGUACCUCUUUGCUAUUGAGGAUCCCUUUGAGAUCGAGCACAACGUAGCAAGGACUGUCACCCAUCGCGGCAUCGUUACAAUCCGCGACGAAUUCCGCCGCGCUGGGAGAAUUCUAGGCGCUGUUGGUAGGAGCAUGGAACCUGAGGGAGGUCUUUUUGACGAGCUUAUUGAAGAGGCACCGGCAUCGACUGCAGAGGUCGAGCAACCCCAGCCUGAGAAGACGGAGCAUCUCGGAACCAAGACGACUGAUCAAGUCGAGGCUCAAGCAUUGUAA